UCCGUACUACUUUGAGCGCCAUCUUGUUUGUAAGUGCGCUACGUGAGUGUUUGGAGUCUGCGGAGGAGGAUCCGGCCACUGCCGCAGCUCCGGACCGGGCUUCGCUCCCGCACCGCCCUCAGCCCCACCACGGACCCAAACACCACCAAACCAGGAGCAGAGAUACCCCCACACCCAGCCGGUCCUCCCUACUGGACAGAAAUGAGCAUCGAAACGCUGCUGGAAGCUGCCAAGUUUCUGGAGUUGCAAGCCCAGCAACAACAGAGAGCACGUGAGGAUGAGCUAAAGGAGAAGCUGCAUCUGCAGUUGAAGACAGAGUUUAGAUACUCUGACGUGAACUAUAACGCCACAGUUCACAUCAACAAUGUUCCUAAAGCAGAGGAGCUCCGCGCCGAGGGCCGGCCUGCACCCACCCCGCCCUCUCUGCCUCUCCCUGCCAUGUCUGUGGCCGUCAUCCCCAUCCCCGUGGUCACCCCCAACCACACAGGCUCACCUGCCGUGCCCGUCACCACACUCUCGCCUCCGGCUGCUCCUCCGCUGGCCUCCCCAAAGACAGAACCUCACUCCCCUCAGGAACAAAGUGCAGCAGCUCUGCUGUGCUCUCCGCAACCCAAAGUCGAACAGCAAACCUCUGUGGUGACCACCAACCACCUCCAGCCCAUACAGAACCACCACCCCCAGCAUCACCCGCAGCUAAUUACCCAAACAAGCAACGCUCAACUUCACCAGCAGACGCCCCAGCAGCUUGUUCAAGGCUACCCAUGUUCAAUAGUCUCCGCUCCUCAGGAGCUGGCUCUUCUGCCACAUUCGGGUCCGGUUCUUCAGCCGGCGCCCCUCCACAACGGCCCCAGCGGCAGGGGGAGUCCUCCGGACGACGGCCGCCAGCAGGACGGCAAGAAGAGGCCCGGAGGGGCGGGCACCAGAGAAGUUCACAACAAGCUGGAGAAGAACAGACGAGCCCACCUGAAGGAGUGUUUUGAGACGCUGAAGAAGAACAUCCCAAACAUCGAUGAGAAGAAGACCUCCAAUCUGAGCGUCCUCAGAAGUGCACUGAGAUACAUUCAGACAUUAAAGCGCAAAGAGAAGGAAUACGAGCACGACAUGGAGCGGCUGGCCAGGGAGAAGAUCGCCACCCAGCAGCGACUGGCAGAUCUGAAGAACGAUUUGAGCCAGUGGAUGGACGUGAUCGAGAUCGACCGCGUCCUCCGACAGACGGUCCAGCCAGAGGAGGACCAGGCUUCAACCUCCACAGCUUCAGAGGGUGAAGACGUCAUGGACGACCUGGAUGAAGAGCCUGCACAAAGAGCACCACCUGCCUUACCCGCCGUGCCUCACACUCUUACACCGGAGCUGCACAAGACUGCAACACACAAUCAGACUCCAAUCCUGACGCCCACUACCUCCAUCAUCACCCAACACACGUCUAUCCAAAUCAAGGCAGCGCAGCCGCUCCCGUUGACUCCCGUGCUGCCUCCACCUGCAGCUCCCUCCGCCCUCAUGACCACCGCGGCCAGCACUUACACCGUCAGCCAGCCCCUCAUCCCCACCCACACGCAGAUGGUGACGGCCCCCACGGGGCACCCUACGGUCAUCGCCCACGCGUCUGUAUCCCACCCCUCAGUCAUACAAGCGGUGAACCACGUCAUCCAGGGAGGGGGUCCCAAGCACGUGGCCCACCUGGCUCCCUCCCCGACCACUGGCUCUGUGCAGUUAGUCCCCAGCCACCAGCCCAUCGGCCACAUCACUCUGCACCCAGUGGCUCACCUGAGCCAGCACAUGCCCGCUCUCUACCCACAACCGGUGGCCGUCACCCAGCCGGCCGUGGUGGGUCACAUCACUCACACCAUCAACCACACUCAGAUGAACGGCACCGGCCCGGCCCAGGCCACCGCCGCCAUCGUCGGCAAGCAGACGACAGUCAGCACUCAGAUGAUGGCGCACCACACGCAGCUGGUGGGCCAGACGGUGCUCAACCCCGUGACAAUGGUGACUAUGCCCUCCUUCCCCAUCAGCACGCUGAAGACGACCUGAACGCUGCCGUCGGGACUGCUGGGCAGCGAGUGAAGACGCGGCACAAACGAGAACUCCAGGGCACAGAUUCCCCACCAUCGACAAGCCCACAGUUAGUGCAGGAGACCUGCUGGAGACCUCCCCCAUCUGAAGAGUGACUAUCAUUCAGCACCACGACAGAACACGCCGGGAUGGGAACAGUCCUCGGACAGAUGUAAACCUCUGUCAAACGUUGACCGCAUCUUCCUGAAAACUAGAUCCUGCAUUCAGGAGGUACCAGGCUGCGUGUGGUUGACGGUCAUCAUGUUGCCUGUUCGUGGUCAUACAUAGUGGUGAGAUGUGCAGUUUUAGACCUCCACUUGUUGUCCACUGUUGCUGACGGUGAAGCAGUGCUUCAUUUCUUAAUAACAACUGGUCAACGUUAUGGUUUCAUGCAGCAAGUUGUUGCACUGGCUUCAUAAAGUGUAGACGGCGUAGGGAACAGAGAGCAGGACUGCCAUACCCAGCACAGGAGAAUGUGAUUGAGAGGAGCUCCUCCUCUCCAGCUACAGCACAUGCUGUCAGGCUGGAGCCAAAUCACGGACUGGACUCGGCACCCGCGCGGGGACCGCAGUCCCCGGUGUCGGUGCGUACAGCAAUAGCUCCCCCUUCUGUCUAUCGGUGAUCAAUGUAAAAGUACUAUCUCUGUGAUGAUAAAGUAUAAUAUCGAUGGAUCUCAAGAACAUUAACAGCCUUUUACGGCAAAAUAAUGUGCAGUUUUGUCCGGCUUCAGUUUUGACAAUCAAACUUCUUUGCUGUUACCUGUGACUAGUAUCUGCUUUUAGAACAUGCCGGUGACUGUACACUGAACACAUGAACAGGAAAGGAAACAAGGAAACAGUUGUCACAACUGAUACUGCAGUUCAGAAAUCAUGGCCAAAAGAUCAACCAGUUCACCCAUACGCCCCAUUAAAAUAGUAGAUAUCUAUUUUUUUGUGAUAGAAACUGAUCCUGAGUUAAACCCACUGUGUAGCAGUACCUCGUGCGUAGACCCCUAGUGUAAGAUGCAAUGAAGUGCCUCUCUAGUGGGGAAAAAAUGAUAUAUCAUAAGACAUGCAAAACUGUUUUGUUAUCACAGGAGAUCCGUUUGCCCCCACGUGGUCGGAAGUGGUAUUGCUACAUAAAGUGGCUGAAGGGGCAGCAAGUUGAGUCCUUUUAGACAUAAAAAGGUCCAUAAAUUUAAUUAAAAUAUGUUUUUAAUGGUGUCUUGUAACACAAAUGAUAGUUGGAUGUGUGUAUGCAUGCUGUGAUUGUGUUCACGUGACUUAAUGUGUUUGAGCUUCAAGUUGUGUGAAUGUACCGUUUUUGGCAAACAUUUGAAGCUAUUUAUGUGGGGAUUGGUGCAAAGUUACUUCGACGGCAGACAUAAAUUCAGUUAAUGUGUUUAAAUUCAAGAACACCCCUUUCACAAAGCUAGCACUGUGAACGUUUCUACUGUCUCAACGAGCAGCCAAACUGCAUUUUUAACAAAGCACUUAGCAGAACCGCAGUUUUUCUGCUCUCCUAGAUGUAUCUGAAUGUAUCGAUCUGUAGAAGGAUUUGAAGUAGCGCACUCCACCGAUGAUGAACCCUUUUGCAUAAAUCGCGAUUGCAUUAUUGUGUAUGUAAAGUGUAACAUUUAAACCCAAUUUUGUAUUUUUUAAUUUACUGCUGCUUGUUUUAUCUAAUAACUUGUGUUUAAUGUAAAUUUUAGUAUAUAGUUUUUCUUUCUUUGGGACCAUGUACAGCGCUGCAUAUGGGGGAGAGGACUACUACAUAGACUUCUCCCCAUGUUAAUAUUACAUUUGGCCACUUCAGAUAGCAUUCACCCAUUAAUUUCUUUUGUAUUUCGUUCUUAUGCAAUAUGAUUAUAGCAGGGACUUUUAUUUUUCUUGUUUUGUUUCAAGUGUAACUAUAAAACAAUCUUCUCCCACCUUUAGAGUUUCUACAAAUGAUUCUGGGCUGUUGAGUUCUGAAAUUGUGCUGCAGCAAAACUGAAAUAUACAAGUUAACAGGGAUAAAUAUACUUGAAGAAGCAACAGUAUACUUGUGUGUUUUCCCUAUGGAGAAAGUUCAAGGUGUAAGGCCUGUAAACGCUGGGCUGCAUAUAGAUCUAAAUGUGUUGUGUAAAAAGCUUGGGAGAAUAUGUCAAAUAAAAAAAAUUUAUAUAUAUAAAAAAAAAAAUAUAUAUAUAUAUACUUAAUAAAUUGUAAUAUGUUUA